AUGGAUUUUUUUAAAUUUUUUAAAUCAGACACAAAUACCACACAAAAUAAAAUACCUGAACAUAAUAUAAACAACGAUCAAAUUAGGUUUGUAGUUUAUCAAAAUUCUAGUACUUUGUUAUUCGAUACACUACAAGUAGAUUAUUUAAAAAAAGCCAAAGCGGCAUCAAAUACAACCAAUAAUAAUACAACCAAAGUAAUUUUAACAAAUGGAAACCCAACAAUUGUAAAUAAAACCCCAUCCCCAAGUCCAACUAAACCAACAACCACAACACCCCCAGGUGCACCAAGAUUAGGAAAAAUUGAUAUGCUUAGAGAAAUGAUGUUUGGUACAGUACCAAUGAAUAUACAGGGAACAACUACAAAAAUACAUUAUUUACCAGAUAGUCAGCAAAUGUUAUUAACGAAACUAUUUACAUUAAAUUUAAAGAGAGAGGAAAAAUCUCCACAUAACAGUUGCGAUUUACUAUCACCAGAAUCAUCAGAUGGCAGCAAAACACCACCAGCUUUAAAAAAAUCUCAGAUUCCACAAUCUACCUCAUCAACUGAUUUAGCAUCACAAAAUACUCUUAACAAUAGCAGCGAUAGUAAUAUAAAUAGUAAUAAAACCAAUGACAGAGCCAGCAUUAGUGGUGGCAGUUGUAGCAAUGUUAGUAUAAUCAACAACUCCACAUCAACAAAAGAUAAUGCAGGUACUAAUGGAGUCAAUAGGGUCAGAUCAUCAUCCUCACUUGGCGGAAGAAUACCAAGAUCGCCACUAUCACAACCAAAAGUAACCAAAAUUACUGUUGCAAUGUGUGUAAUCUUUGGACCAACUGUCGACCAACUCAAAACCAUGAACAAUGCAAACAGCAGUACAAACGGUGCAACCCCAACAAACGAUAAAAAAUCAAAUUUAGACUCUGUUUCAAAUUUUCAUCAGUUUAUAAUAACACACUUUUUAAUAAUUGAUAUGAGGAUUAAAUUUAUUGUAAAGCUAUUAAAGAAUUUAAUAUAUUCAAAGUUUUCAAAUUUACCAAAAAGCGGCUCAUUAAAUAACUUUGGGACUCAAGAAAUAAAUCAAUUAUAUUCAGAAGUUGAAAAAUUUAGAUAUUAUAUUAAAGAAUUUUAUACAGCACCAAGAUUAGAAAAACCAUUAUGGUUGGAUACAUUAACAAACCCAAGCACUAAAAGACAGACCUAUGUUGUUUUAUUAGAAAACUUAAGAGAACUUUUACCAGUAUAUAAUACUCCAAAAUCAAAAUUUUUUUUAUCAAAUUUAAUAUCACAGAUUUUAUCAUAUAACCAAUCAUGGUUAAGUGGUGUUCUAUCAAACUCAUCACCAUCAUAUAGAUGCACAAAUGAAAAAUGUAAUAAAGACUAUAGCUUUGAAACACAGUUUCUUUAUCAACUAUCACAAAUCUAUGGUUACACUGGGUGCGUAAAUUGUAAAAACAAUCGAGGAAACUAUAAACUUAGCAAACUUAUUAUUUUAUCUACCAAAGAUGAAGUCUCAAAGAAACUUUUAAAUGUUGUCAGCUAUUUUUGGCGUAUUUUCGAAUUAAUUUUAAAUAAGAAUCUAUUAGACCCACAAACAAGCCAUUUAGGAUUAUACCAAGAAAAUGAAUAUAAUUUAAAUUUAUUAGAUAAUCAGCAACAAAACCAACAGCAAUCAAACCUAAAUCAGAAUAGCUCAGGACAACAUGGGAACCUACCACCCCAACACCAACAACACCCUUCACAUAUUAAAGCAAAUACCAGUAAAAUGGCCAAAGAUCAUUUCAACGAAUCAUUAUUGGAAUCCACCAAAUUUCAAUACAUAGAUUAUAGCAUGGGUUCAGCAAAUUUAAAACUACCAAAUUACUUUUUCGACCUAUCAAGAUCAUUAACUGGUGGUAUUUCUCCAAAAUAUGUCAAUGACUUUUCAAUAAUAGCUUUACAAAAAGAUGAUUUCUAUCCAAAACUAAUUGAUGAUCUUAGACUAUGGGUCGAUCACCACCCCUUUCCUUCACCAAUUAAAGAGUCAAAUGCAAUUAUUGCUGAUGUUUCAAGAUGUAAAUGCGAUAUCAUUACCUGUAGUAAAGAAAAUCUUUGGGAUUCAAUAAAUCCUGUUCAAAUUAAUGGUGUUACAUAUCCAGAUAUUAAAGUUUUAAGUGGCUUUUCAUCUGAGUACAUCUCCACAGCUUUAUCAUCCAUUGUUUACUUUUAUACAAUUGGCAUGCCACCCGAAAACUGUAUAAUGUUUUUAGAAGAUAAAAUAAGAGAACUUUUUAGUAAAGCAAUGAUAUUAAACGAAACUCUAAAGUUUUAUUCAACUUUGAAACAACCAAUUCCACCCUCAUUCAAUUUAUUCAGCAACAAUAUACCAUCAUCAUCAAUCCCAAUUCCACCCUCCCUUGCAACUCCAAUCAUAACACCUUUAGCAACUCCAAAUCAUUCACCACAAUCAUCAAUGAGAUUUUCAAACCAAAAGCAACAACCAUUGCCAAGAAGUGGUGAUUAUUUAUUAUUAGAACAUAUUCUAAACUAUUUAAAUGAUUGUUCAAGUAAUAGUAACAACAUUAAUGGUAACAAUAUUUUGAACAACCCUAACCCACCAUUAGAUGGCUUUGAUUUAAAUUCAUAA